GGCUCUUGGGAAGACUGAGAUAAUAGCACAUAAACGUGCUUUACACAUUGCCGGCCCCUAGUAAACACUACAAACGUAAACUGUCAUUGUUAUAUUACUGAUCAAAGCGCGCUGACCUUACCAGCAGCUACUGGCUGACCUUGGUUGGGUGGAGCAAUAAAAAAUUUGCUACUUCCCUGCGUGGGGAGGCGCGGCACCAGAAAGCUGCCAGGCCUGGCUCCAGGUCCCAGCACCGGGGACUCUCGGCCUCAGCCGAGUUUUUCUCAGUCCGCGGGAGAACCUGGCGGCCGCUCUAGCUGCGUGGGCCUCCGGUUCUCUGUGGUGCGAGGCCUGGCGCCUGCGCAGUGGAGGAGGCGGUGGGCGAGGGGCUGGGCCGGGUGCGCGGGGCGCGGCGGCACGCGGAGGGUGCGGCGGAGCGGCCGUGCCUUCGCAGCUAGAACUAUCCCAUAAAAAUUGUAUAUUGUUAAAACCAAGAACCAACAAGCAAAAUCUAAAAGCACUGCACCUGAACUAAGCACAAAGAAUAUGCCAGAACGGGUUCACUGUUACAGAGAAUAAAGAUGAUCUAUUUUUGCAGCCUAUGCUCGUGUAUGCCAAGAAGUCUUUUCACACAGAUGUCCUUAGAGAUAAUAUGGAUCAGUCCGGAGUUCUCCUCUGGGUGAAAGCAGAACCCUUUAUAGUGGGUGCCUUGCAAGUCCCCCCUCCAUCCAAGUUCAGUCUUCACUAUCUCAGGAAGAUAUCCACCUAUGUGCGAACCCGGGCCACAGAGGGGGCUUACCCACGCCUGUACUGGUCUACGUGGAGGCACAUUGCAUGUGGGAAGCUGCAGUUGGCCAAGGAUCUGGCGUGGCUUUACUUUGAAAUAUUUGAUAGUCUUGCAGUGAAGACACCAGAAGAGCGCCUGGAAUGGUCCGAGCUUCUGUCCAACUGCAUGUCUGAGGAUGAAGUCGAAAAGCAAAGAAAUCAGCUUUCAGUGGACACCCUACAGUUUCUGCUCUUCUUAUAUAUACAGCAGUUAAACAAGGUUUCCCUGAGGACAUCUUUGAUUGGAGAAGAGUGGCCUAGUCCCAGAAAUAGAUCUCAGUCUCCUGACUUGGCUGAAAAAUCCAGUUGCCAUAAUAAGAACUGGAAUGAUUACAGUCACCAAGCAUUUGUCUAUGAUCAUCUGUCAGACCUCCUUGAGCUGCUUUUAGAUCCAGAACAACUCACUGCAUCAUUUCAUUCGACCCAUAGUAGUCUCGUCUCUCGAGAAGCUGUUGUGGCCCUCAGCUUUCUGAUUGAAGGUACAGUGAGUGGAGCCAGGAAGAUAUAUCCACUUCAUGAACUUGCACUGUGGCAACCACUACAUGCAGAAAGUGGCUUCUCAAGGCUCUCUAAGACCUUUUCUUUCUACAAGCUGGAAGCCUGGCUGAGAACCUGUUUGACUGGGAAUCCAUUUGGUACAUCUGCCUGCCUCAAGUCUGGAAAGAAAUUGGCUUGGGCUCACCAAGUUGAAGGGACGACCAAAAGAGCUAAGAUUGCUUGUAAUAGUCAUGUGGCCCCUAGGAUGCACCGCAUGGUGGUGAUGAGCCAGGUUUACAAGCAGACCUUGGCCAAGAGCUCAGAUACUCUGGUGGGGGCACACGUAAAGAUUCAUCGUUGCCACGAAUCUUUUAUAUAUCUGCUGUCUCCCUUACGAUCUGUGACCAUUGAGAAGUGCAGGAAUAGCACAUUUGUCUUGGGCCCCGUACAGACUGCUCUUCACCUCCACAGCUGUGACAACAUUAAAGUCAUUGCUGCCUGCCACCGUUUGUCCAUCUCUUCCACGGCAGGUUGCGUCUUUCACAUUCUGACGCCUACACGCCCACUUAUUCUCUCUGGAAACCAGACAGUAACUUUGGCCCCUUUUCACACCCAUUAUCCAAUGCUGGAGGAUCACAUGGCCAGGACCGGCCUUGCUACAGUGCCUAACUAUUGGGAUAAUCCAAUGAUUGUGUGCAGAGAGAGCAGCGACACAAGUGUCUUCCGACUCUUGCCACCUUGUGAAUUCUAUGUAUUUAUUAUCCCCUUUGAAAUGGAAGGGGAUACGACAGAGAUACCUGGGGGGCUUCCAUAUGCAUAUCAGAAAGCACUGCGUCAAAGAGAGCAGAAGAUACAAAUCUGGCAGAAAACUGUGAAGGAGGCUCGUUUGACAAAGGAUCAGAGGAAGCAGUUCCAGGUACUCGUGGAGAACAAGUUUUAUGAGUGGCUGAUUAAUACAGGACAUCGCCAACAGCUGGACAGUCUGGUGCCCCCUGCCGCAGGCUCCAAACAAGCAGCAGGAUAAGACUCCUACGUGGAAACACUGGGCUCUGGAAACAGGAGGAUGAAUGGACGAUGGUACAUGUCUUGAAACUAAACUGGGAAGAUGCUUUUGCUGCUUAAGAGAUAUUGGGGCUUUUUCCUUCCUAUUUAAGACCAUUCCUUGAUUUCCAUUCCACACUCAUAUGUUAUUGCUUAUGUUGAAUUUUAGACGAACUUCCAUCAUAUAAACAUUGUUUAUAGAACAUCAGGAAGCUCAUCUUUGUGUUGCCAAAAUGAAGGAGUUGAUGAAGGCAGUUUCAUCGUAUUUACGUUAAUAUUAAAGUGAUGGAGUGUAGAUUUGCAAGUAAACUUCACAUUUUAAUUUGUAUGACGAAAGGGUCUCAUCCUUUCUAGAGUUAAAUAAGAGUUUUAUAGUUCUGUGUAACUAUUUGAAAGGAAAUUGCUACUCCUUUUAAAAAAUAAUUGGAAUGAAAGUAUAGUUUGUUGGUGUAUAAGUAUAGCAGAGAUAGUUUUAUACAAAGAUAUUUUAGUCCUUAAAAGUAUGAAGCAAUGAAAUUGUGUAAAACCCCUAUUUUUCAUUUUGUGCUUCCAGGUUUCAAUAAGCAAACUCUAAAAAGUAAUUUUCUCCUCUUGAGAAAAAGAUAGAGCUUUACUUUCAAUUUUAGAAAAGGUUUUAUGGGGGAGGAAAGAGUUUUUCCUCCAUCCUUCUAGGUUCUUUUGGCUAGUUGACUAAUUAAAUUGACAUCAGACAUAUUAACAGGAGGAAAACAAUUUUAAUUACAUAUCUAUGGGAGCCUCCUAAGGACAGGAGCCCCAGGAAUAAGUCAGGCGGUUAUGGCUACUGUGCCACCCUGAGCUAAGGACUGGGUGGGAUGUGGGCCUGAGGGGGGGACUUCUCAGGAUAAAAAGAGCAGAUGUGUGGUGGUUAGAUGUUUGUCUUGUCCUACAGAUGAGUCAUUUAGAUUAAAAGUUCUCUCUGGUAGUAGCUCCCAUUCUGGGCCAGGCCCCCUGUCUCAAUUAUUUUAGAUAGUUAAGGGAGAGGAAAAGUUUUUCUUGAAUCUGCAGGGUCUUGUUUGCCUUCAGCUCCAAAUAAUCUACAUGCUAAAGUAGCACAUUUUGGGGUCAUGCAUUCUGCUCCCUUGCAAUUCCCAAUGUCAUUCUUUGAUAUGAUAUCAAAAUAAAGUUUACAUUUGAUUGGGAAGGCUAUAUUCUUUAAGAUAAAGGAAAAUAAUUAUUAAAUUAUUAAAUAAUUAUUAAAUUAUUACGUGAAUCUGCUGAUAAACAUUGUUUCGUAUGCUCACUGGUCAUUAAACUAGUAAUUGUAUUAAAAAAGGGCUUGAUCUUUUCUUUCUAAAGUGGAAAUUAACCCUCAGAAUGUGUGUUAAUUCUAAUUGAGGUUCAUGGUUUUUAUUUUAAGAUGGAAUUCAAGAGAGAAUUCAAUAAAGAAACACUGGAGUUUUG